AUGAGUACGAGGAUACUAUUAUUACUACACCCAACCGUUGUAACGGAUGAAGCGUUAGUAGAAACAAUAAAAACCGAUAUAUCAAAAUCUCACAGCGACUAUACAAUAGAUCAACAAAUUAUAAAUCGUAUAACUCAAGGAGAUAUAAUAAUAGAUAAAAAUUCAUAUAAUGAAAUAAUAUAUAUAAAUCCAAAUGAUUUAAAAUAUAAAGAAAUGCCAAUUCUGUUAAUCAAAUUAUUAUAUGAAUUAUUAGAAAAUGAAGGAAAAUUAAAAGGUGAUUUACCAAUUAAUCAAAAUUUAGAUGUUUUAAUGGAAGGUUUUAUAAUACAAGAUGAUGGAUCUUGGUUUAAACCUGAACCAGUUAAAGAAACCAUAAUUUUGAAAAAGAAAAACACAUCUACAUUAAAUAACGAUAGACAAUCAUCAACAUCAAGUUAUACACAUUUAAAUAAUAAAUCAUUACCUAAAUUUAAAAAAUUAUCAGAUAAAUUAUCAUCUCCUCCAUUACCUGGAUUAACAGAUACUUCAGCUCCAAAUACAGAUGAAGAAAAUGAGAUUGGAAAUGGAGGAAUGAAAAGAAAAUUAAUAGAUACAAAAUUAACAUAUUUUAGUGAUUCAUCAUCAGAUGAAGAAGGAGAAGGAGAAUUUGAUGAAGAAGAUAAAAAAUCAUCAAUAUAUAUAAAUGAAGAUGAUUUAAUUUCAAAUAUAAAUAAUGAUAAUUUAAUAAUCCCCAAAAAAUGUGAAUUACCAAAUGGUAAAAGAAGAAGAAAAGCAUGUAAAGAUUGUACAUGUGGUUUAAAAGAAAUUGAAGAAGAAGAAAAUCAAUCUCAAAUAAAUUUACAAAAUUCAAUAUUAAGUAAAAUGGCAAAAUCAGCAAAUGAAGAAGCUGCAAAAAUAGAAGAAAGAAUUAGGGAAAAAACUCAAAAAUUAAGAAAUGAUAAAAUUAAAAACUUAAAACAAAAACAAGCAGACAAUGUUAUUAAAUUUAAAGAUGAAGAUUUAAAUGAAAUUGAUUUUACUGUACAAGGUAAAACCGGAGGGUGUGGUUCAUGUGCUUUAGGUGAUGCUUUUAGAUGUGAUGGAUGUCCUUAUUUAGGUUUACCACCUUUUAAACCAGGAGAAGUUAUUACUUUAGAUGGAAUGGAUGAAGAUAUUUAA